ACGUUCCUGAUGGUACAGAGUCCAUGAUUUGUAGAUUAGCGUCAUUCGUCGAGCCCGUAAAAGUGACGCUGAAGGUCAAUAUACUCGGCUUCACACUGAAGAUUGCGAGCAGACGGAGAAUGGACAACUUUGACAAUCUCUCAGCGUCGGAGAAAGCGGAAGCCACGGAGUUGCAGCGGAUGAUCGCUGUGGAGCAACAGAAAGCGCAAUUCCAGGCUCAGGUGCACAACUUCACAGACGUAUGCUGGGACAAGUGUGUGGACAGUCCAGGAUCCAAGCUGGACUACCGAACAGAGACGUGUCUGGUCAGUUGUGUGGAGCGCUUCAUCGACACCACGCUCACCAUCACCAACCGCUUCUCACAGAUGGUGCAGAAGGGUGUUCACUGAUCUGGCAAUGCUGCUUGUUUUGAGACAUCUGAGAUGUUCUAUCAGUGGAGACAGAUGAUCUGUCUUUUUCUGAAGCAUUUGGAGUGAACCCCUCAAGCAGUGUGGGACAUCUGAUGUUGCUCUCGCAGUGACUGACAGCUAUUGUUCUCCAAUUUUGUGAUUAAACACGAUGAUCUACUUGA